GUAACUAAAUAUUACUAAAUAACAAUUACAGUAUUUCAAUGUGAUGUCGAUAUUAUUUGAGUAUGAUUACCAAUAUCUAAUUCGGAAAAAAUAUUGUUUUAUAAACAAAAAUACUCAUGACAAUCUUUUUUAAAACAACUGAAUCUUUGAUACUUCUUGGAAUAUAAAAUAAUCGUUCCCAUAUAGAAGUGCAACUAAAAUGCGAUACUUAACCUUAUAAUUUAUAGAGGUUAUGUUGUGAAACAAACGUAAAAAUGGCUUAUUUAACAAGAAAAGAAAUAGACGAAAUGAAACCACAAAUAGAAAAAGCAGUUCAUAAAUUUCUUGGCUUUGGGGAACCUGCUAUUGUAACUACAGCUGUCAAUUGUAUUACUUCAGGUUAUGAUAAACGCAAAACAGCAGAUAAAUUAUCCGCUUUAUUGGAAGAUAAAAAAGCUUCAAAAUUAACUGAAAAAAUAUUUGCAAUAUAUGAUGAUGCCAAAGCAGCUCAGAAAAGUAAAAAACGGAAUCAUGUGGAAGACAAGGAUAAAGACAAAGAUGCAAAAAAACCUAGAUUUAGGGAUGAUGAAAUCAAAAAUGAAAAGACAACGGAAGCACAAUUAUCUGCUGAUAAGAUAAGACAAAUGAUGGCUAAUGCCCAAAAAGAAAUUGAAGAAAGGAAAAGAGCAUUAAAAGCUAUAAAACAAGAAGAAGUUCCACCAGUAAAACCUUUACUUAAAAGAGAUUCUUUACCAACCGUAGGAAGCAUGUACAAUCAGGGUUUAUUAAGUAAAACAGAUUCUGACAAAGCACGAAAAAUUGCCGCUUUGCAAGCUCAAAUUAGAAGUAAACUAAGUUCAGGACUAUUAGGUAAUGUCAGUGUUCCAGAUAAACCAACACCUCUAAUUUUGGAUGAAUCUGGCAGAACUGUAGAUAUAACAGGCAAAGAAGUACAAUUAACACAAGUAGUGCCAACGUUAAAAGCUAACAUUAGAGCGAAAAAACGUGAAGAAUUUAAAGCCCAAUUACAAGAAUCAAAAGGUCCAGAAGAAAUUCAAGAUACACACUUUUUUGAUACUAGAAUAGGUGUAAAACCUGCAGUACGAGGCAAACGUACUCUCAAAUUUCAUGAACCUGGAAAGUUCCAACAGUUAGCUGAAAGAAUUCGUAUGAGAGCUCAGUUAGAAAAGUUACAAAAUGAAAUUAGUCAAAUUGCUAGAAAGACUGGUAUAAGUUCAGCAACUAAAUUAGCGCUCAUAGCUCCAAAAACAGAAGCUCUAAGCGAAGAUGUGCCUAACGUAGAGUGGUGGGAUUCUGUUAUAUUAACAGGAGGAUAUCCAGACGAAAAUGAAUCCACAACUAUUAAAAGUUCCACUAUUACAAAUUUAGUGGAACAUCCUACGCAAAUGCGACCACCAACUGAUCCUUUAAAACCUAUAUAUAUGCCUGUAUUUCUAACAAAAAAAGAACGCAAAAAAUUACGAAGACAAAAUAGACGAGAAGCUUGGAAAGAGGAACAAGAAAAAAUUCGAUUAGGUCUUGAACCACCUCCAGAACCAAAAUUACGAAUUUCGAAUCUUAUGCGAGUAUUAGGUACAGAAGCUGUUCAGGAUCCUACGAAAAUAGAAGCUCAUGUUCGACAACAAAUGGCUAAAAGAUUAAAAGCACAUGAAGAUGCUAAUGCAGCUCGAAGACUUACUGCCGACCAGCGACGUGAAAAAAAGGCGCGAAAACUUAAGGAGGAUACUACACUCGGUGUACAUGUAGCUGUUUACAGAAUACGUGAUCUUUUAAAUAAUGCUUCAAAGAAAUUUAAAGUGGAAACGAAUGCAAAACAACUUUAUCUCACAGGCUGUGUAAUGCUUUUUCGAGACUGUAAUGUUGUUGUUGUAGAAGGAGGAGCAAAACAAUUAAGUAAAUAUAAAAGAUUAAUGAUGAAUCGAAUUAAAUGGGAAGAAGAUAUUAUAAAAGAUAAUGAUGGAAAUGAUGUACCGAACAAAUGUGUUCUCGUAUGGGAAGGUACUAGCAAACAACGUCAUUUUGGAGAAAUCAAAUUUAAAGUUUGUCCAAUUGAAAAAAUGGCUCGAGAGCAUUUUAAAAAACACCAAGUUGAACAUUAUUGGGAUUUAGCUUAUAGUGGAGCAGUACUUGAUAACACAGAUGAUAUCCGUUCUUGAAAAUGGAUUCUGUAAUUUCAGCAAUAAAUGCUAAUAUGGACAUGCAAUGAUAGAUAAUUUCAAUACAUUUUAAGUGAGUAAUUAUCGUGGAAACAAACAAUAGUAAAAAAAAAAAUGAAUAAUGUAAGCAGUGGCACAUAGAGCGAAAAUAAAAGUGCUCAAGGCCUCUCUAAUGACAGUUUUAUUUUUAAGUAGUUAUAGAUACCCUGGAUCCAAAAUAUAAAAUUGUAUUCUCAAAAUUAUUUAUACUUUAUAAAUUAAAUUCAAUUCAAGAUAUUUUUUUCAUGAAAUGUUAAGUCAAUUCUUGAAAAAGAUCUUACUCUUUUUAUAUAUAAAAUGAGAAUAAAUAAAAAAUAAUAUAUUCGUUUAAUUCAGAACUAAACUUUCCCAAACUCGAAUUAGUUAUGUUUGUAGUACAUCAUUUACUUACAUAUUUUUUAACGUGUCAAUAUCAUUUAACAUAUAUUUAUGAAAUUAAAAUAUUCGAUAAAAAAAUGUAAUACUGAAUUUGAAUUAUUUUCGAGAUAAUUAACUUCGAUCGUUUCUAAAAAAAAAAAAAUGUAUACGGGUAAUUAUCUUUACGCAAAUAAUUCUUAUAAAAUUAUUUCAUUUUUUAAACUUAUUUAUUUUAGUUUAUCUGCCCACGCUGAAUAUAAAUAAUCACACAUGACACGUAAUGUCCUUUUGUGGAUUGCCGCAUCCAGAUUGUAGGCGUGUGUUCGAGUCUGUAUAAUCAACGCAGUUAAUCAUUUGCAACGUCGUAUUGAAGAAUUUCAAUCUAUAGGUAACAUUACAGUCAAGCCUGUAAGUGUCAAUUAGCAUAGUGCAACGGCAUUGAGAGGCUAUACACGAGGUAUGCUGUAAAAGAACACGCAACAUAUGUAUAUAUACAGCAUGCCAUAUAUACGAAAGUGUGAAUGCACUUUGGAGCCUUGAAACUGUACGUCCAACCGCGACUACGAAUAACACAGUCUAUGAAAGGUGAACCUUGGUCUUGUUCAUAAUACCAAUCCAGCUGCAACGACGACGCGCUUUUACCAUAUCUUUCAAGUGUUAUACGUCGACCGAGCAAUACAUCGUUGACACCCUAUAUUAACAUGAUCCUUACUUGGCCCCACUCUUUGAACCCACUGAACGGACUCAAGUUUUACUUUCGUUCGAGGAUCGGUCUCAGUUCAGGUUUACCGCUUCGUGUUCUUGCGCAUACCCGGCGCGGCUCUUGCGAAAUUUUACGAGGCAAAUGAAUUUUAUCAAUUACUAUCACACUGAGAUAGUUUUGAAAAAAAUGCCUGUUUGUAUAAGACGAAGAUCGAUCAACGGUAUAUUUCUCUUCCUAUCGCGGUGAGUGUUUUGCGUUUUCAUUUUACGAAACAAAACGAAACGCGGCCACUUCACUGGCACACAAUGAUUCUAGUGAAAUUUGAAGUUAUUUCAUCUAUAAAAUUAACAUUUGAUACAUUCAAUGUUUAGAAAUGAUUUUUUCAUUUAGAUUUUAAAGAUAAUGUCAAAAUUAAAAAUAUAUAUAUAAUUAUAUCUUUAAAAUCUUGUAUCAAUAUUCAAUUAUUAUAAUACUAAAAAUAAAUAUUUUACCGAAGAAGAAAUAUUAUCAAAAAUAUUAGAAUAUUGAUUAAUAAUUUUACGUUACUUAAGUAAAUUGUCAAUGAGUAAAUUUGAUGAAAUAUAACUUCAUGUGUACAAUAGAACUAAAACAUCACUAUUCAGUGAUUUAUUUUUGUGAUAAAAAUUACAGCAUUUAGUUUUGAAAGCAAAUUUUUUAAGCAAAUAUUUUAUAAUUCAAAUAAAUACCUUCUAUUUUAUAGAUUAUUUCAACAUUUAAUUAGUGAUGUAAUUUUAUUACAAUAGUAAAAGGAAGGCCAUGUGCUUGUAUUUAUUUUUAAUAUAAAUUCUGAACGUUGAAAAAUUAAUUAGAUAGUAUACAUAAUAUUAAUGAAAUCUUUUGCAUAAAACAAUGUAAUAAUAUUUAUAACAUUUUGAAUGUGCAUCAGAUUUAAAUUUGUAAAUAUUUUUACUAAGAAGAAUUGUAAAUGUAUAUGCAAGAAACUGUGUAUUUUAUAUAAAAUACGAUGUAAAAUGAACUUAUGAAUGCAUCCAAUGUAUCAGAAAAUUAACUUUUAAUUAUAUACCUUACAAAAUCAAA